AUGUUUCGAAACGUAUGUGUUAUUUCGUUGUUGUAUCUAGUUUUUGUUGCUGGGCAGGAUAUCGUCCCCGAUGAUCCUGAAGUGCAGAAGGAAAUGCACCAGAUGUUCUACAAGGCUAGGGUGGCCUGUGCGGAUGAAAAUUUAGUUCCGUAUGUUAAAAUCUGUUUUAUUUUUGCUCUGUUAAACUUGAGCUUGGCCCUUCAGGAUCAAGCCAAGGAUAAUGGCGAUAUAUUCAUUAUAAACUAUGACAGCUUCGAUGGCGAUGUGGAUGAUAUAUCCACGACUACGCCAGCUCCCAAGGAAGCAGACUAUGUAGAUUUUGACGAUGUCGUUCGUAACUGCAAUGCUAGUUUCAUAACUCCGAUGUCCAAUGUGUUGACUUUUAAUAACACUGGUACCCUGCCAGACGAAAAGGAUAAAACGAGCAUGUGCUACUUUCACUGCUUCUUUGAGAAAUCUGGCCUGAUGACAGACUAUAAGCUAAAUGCGGACUUGGUGCGUAAAUAUGUUUGGCCAGCAACUGGAGACUCCCUCGAGGUUUGCGAAAAAGAAGGAAAGGAAGAUGCCAAUGCCUGCGAGAGAGGCUACGCCAUUGUCAAGUGUGUCUUUACCAGAUCCCUCACUGAUGCCAGGAACAAGCCCACCGUUUAA